CCCAUUGUUUGGAUGUAUUUCGGCUUUGAUUUCGUAAUUCAGUCCUCAUCUAAAGAUUGUGCUAUUGAUUUAGGUAUGUAUGGUAUUGAUCCAGUAUGAUUAUAAAUACCAAGCAUUUUGUUAUUAUUUCGUCACUGAACUUGACUGAAUACCGCAAUUACAAUACUUGUAGGGUUUUAGCUUGAUUAGACAUGUCAAUAUUGCAUGCCUGGGACGACCACUAAUCGAUCAAUCUCAACCCUAUGAAUGAAAACAUAGAAAUAAAUGCUUAUUUAUUACGACACUUAAUCACAUUAUUUCAUUCUAAUUUCGGUUGCAAAUGUGAUACAAGUCCAAAAUUAGAAAAUACCCAAAUUCGUUAACAACAAUUCCCUCGUAUAAAAGAGCAGUUUAAGUCUCUGGAAAGUAUCAAUAGUGCCACACGAGGCGUACUCUCUUAAUCGUUGGUCUCAAAAAAUAAUUCCGAUCUAGGAAACUUUCAAAAAUGCCCGAAUACAGGCUCGUAUAUUUUGACAUCCGUGGUCUUGCAGAACCAAUUAGGUGGAUGUUUGCCAUAGCUGGAAAAAAUUUUACGGACGAGCGAAUUCCUUUGGAUCAAUGGCCCCGUGAAAAAAUUCGUUUUAAUGAGCAUGUAGGACAACUGCCUCUGCUCUACGUUGACGACGUGCUUCUCACUCAAGUUCACGCCUGUAUGCGGUAUGUCGCAAGGCGUUUCGGGUUCAACGGUGCGACCGAGAAGGAAGAAGCCCGAGCGGACGAAGCCACGGAGCUUAUUUAUGAUCUUCGGCUGUGUUGUGUGGCGUAUAAGGAUUCCUUUGAAUCAGCGACACCAGACAUUGUUCGUCAUACAGUUUUCCGAGAUUUCCACAAAGAGCAAAGCAUUGUUAAGAAGGCUCGGAUGAGGAAGCAUUUGGUAGAAGAUUACUUUCCAAAAUACUUUACGAAGUUUGCUGAGCUUUUAGAAGAAGCAGGCGGUCAGUGGAUUGCUGGGCCCCAAUUAACUUAUGCCGAUUUGGCGUUGGCAAACUUUUUGGACGUUGCUGAAACGAUGGUGAAUCCUGACGUAUUGAACGGAUAUCCCACCCUGAGGCAGCUGAAGAAAGAGGUUUUUGCCAUCCCAGAAAUUCAAAAGUUUAUUGAAGCAACUCUCAAUAAGACGUGCAUGAUCGGUGGAUAGGCAAAUUGUCCACGUGCGAGCCAUGUAUGUAUUUAGUGGAGCCAAAUUAACAGCAUUAAUGAAUAAUUCGUUAGACUAUAUUGUCAAAGUUUCAACUUUAUGAAUUCGAAAUAAAGAGAUAAUACGGACGUUUAAA